AAAAAUUAUUUUUAAAACCUUGUCUUCAUUGAAACCAUUUAUAAAACGUGCCCGUGCUUUUAACAAUAUCAUCAGUUUGUUUUUUAAUUCAAGUGUUACGUUUUAAUCAUAUGUGUGGUUGAAUUGAAUUAGCUUUUAUGUUUUAUUUUCAUUGCUCAUGGGAAAAAACAAUAAUGUCGUAAGUGUUUCGAGUCAUGUCAGAGGAACAUGACGAGAAGUGUGUUACAAGUGAUAAAGAAGACGCACUGUGUGAGAACGCGUGUACUGAAGUGCCAGAAAAUACGGAACCUAGUGCCAAUACAAGUGCCAUAGAGGAUAGUGUACAAGACUCGAUAGAAGAGGCCAAGAAGGGAACAUUAUGUUGGGCGGAAGAAGGUACGCAGUGUCGUGUGUCCUGGAGCUUGCCAGAAGGCACCGCGACUCCGAAGGAUUAUGUGGCGUUAUGUCUUACAGAUCCCGCAAGCAUCGCCGGCAUCGCCAGGCUCGUGCCGGCGACCGGAUGCGACACUGGCCACAUAAUGUGGCUGCUUGAUGAGCCCAAUCAACCUUAUGAAGAUUGCGAGCAGCUUCUCUGUUUUCGCUAUUACAAUGGCGAUGAUGACGAAUGCGUGGCAGAAUCCUCUGCUCUCCCAACACGGUUCAAAGUCGACCUUAAGAAACUGCCGCUUCGGCUUAAGGAAGGCAUUUCACGGAAGAGAAGCGGCGAUCAAGUAUCGCCGUUCUCUUAUAACAAUGAGAGCUUUGAAAUGAAUUCAGAGAAUAGUCCCCGAAUUGAACGAGUUUGUCCAAGUCAAGAUAUCAAGCAUUUAAGCGAAGAUGUCGAUAAGUGCUCAAUUAGUUCUUUAGAAAGGAGCGGGACUUCGAAUCUCGACCCAACAAAAUGUGAUCCUAGCAAAUCUCUAGUUAGUAAUAUAAGUAAGGAAUCUCCUUUUGUAAAUAACGAAUCUCAGAGUACGAUAGAUUGUAAACCAACGUCAUCGGGUGUAAAAAAGAAAUGUCCACCACCUGUCGAUACCGGAGGCGGCCAGCCGUUAAAUGGUGUUAAGAAAAAAAGUAAUUUUAGUACUGGUUUGGAAUCUCCGUCUUCACCAGAUACGGAAUACUAUAAAAUUUGGUCACCACAGAAUCCAUGUAAAAUAAUGAAAUUUGUGUAUGAUGUUGAAGGUGCCAAUAUACCCAAUGAAGCGCAGAAAUCUCCAGUCCCCCCUUUACCGCCGAGACAAUCGCAUAAGCCUUUGGAACGAAUGCAUGCGUUACCUCCAGCUGUACAAAGACAUAGAAAACCUAAAAAAUUGACUAAACCAGAAGACGCCUUUACAUUUGAGUUAAUAGAUACAGAUGAACAAUUUUUUACUGAUAAAAAUAUAUCAAAUUCAGCUGGGUUGCAAAGUGAUAUCAAUGAUUUUAAACCAGGAGAAUUUUAUUCAAGCAAGCCAAACCAUCUUCCAUCAACAACAAACGUCAAUCAGUGUCAUAAUGUGGCACCAUUAGCUACACCAGAAACUGAAGGUAGUUUGUGUGAAUCCACAAUAUCAUCUAUGAAAGUAUCUAAAUUGACGGAUGAUAAAAAAUUAAAUAUUGUACCUGAAGGCACACCUAGUGUAAGUAGAAAAAAUAUUAUGUUCAUUAAGGAUAUAGGCCCUGAUAACUAUAUAACUACAACAUUUGCGCGGAAAGAUAAAGAUAUGGUAGACGGCAUACAUUUAACUCCUAAUCAUGCAAAAUCGGAAGAAAAAGCGCAAAAUACCUUUUUAAAUGACAUCAGUAAUAAUGCUGAUUUCGAAGACGAUAAUAAAAAUCAAAUUGAGGAAAAAGAAAUAACUGUUAAAGGCCACAAACCUCUCACUAGGCAAAAUUCCGGUCGGGCAAACACACCGACUAUGAUGACAGCUUUUCUUAAUUCAUCUCAUAUAGACGGACCUAGUAGGGAAAGUGAAAGUAAUAGCCCUAACGGUCCAAGUUCUUGUAAUUCCUCACAUUCUACAUCUCCCGUCGACGAAGGAUGUAAAGGUAUACCCAAUGUGGGUACGUUAUUGAUGAAUCGCAAAUAUUCAUGCGACAGCUCCACUCCCAAGCAUUCAAGUUUACCAAGACAUUUAUUAAAAAAUCUAGGAUGUGAAAGUACUCCAAAACAUUCCCCUCACCGGACUAACUUUCUUAAAGAUGUGCCAGAUAGUCCAGCGAGGCCACAUCCUCGAGUUUUAACUCGAGUAGCAGCUCUUGCUGGCUCAGCCGUUCCGCAAUGUCCUCCAACACCGACUCACCACGCCCGACGGCCACGUCCUUUGCCACCCUCAGAUUUACACCCACCUCCUGUGCAAAGCUCAGAGAACCGACUUCACGAAAAUUUCGAAAUGGUUGAAUUCACUAAUGAAUUGAGGACAUCGGAGAUAAGAUCUCCGAAUCUAGAAUUUAUGAACAGCAAUCAUUUCACAAUUGUUCACGCUGGGCCUCCGGACGAUGUUGUGUUAAGGAGACCACCGCCCAUUGAAGAUAUUGACGAUAAUGAUAAUGCCGUAGCGUCUCCAACACCUCUACGGCAUAUGGCUGGUAUAAGAUUACCUUCAAUACCUGAACGGACGUCACGGCAGAUGGCGCUGACAGGAGAUUUUCCCGCCAAUAUGAUUGGGGGAAUUAUCGAAUGUGAAGAACCACUGCCUCCUGGAUGGGAAGCACGUAUGGAUAGCCACGGCCGAGUAUUCUAUAUUGACCAUAUAAAUCGUACAACGACUUGGCAAAGACCAGCAGCCAAUGGAACAUCUCCAAGAUCACCUGCACCAGAAAUACAGAGGAGGCAAUUAGAUAGAAGGUAUCAAUCAAUCCGCCGUACCAUGACCCGCUCUCAGUUGGGGGGCGAGGAGGAGCGCGUGAGCUCGUCCCCUCCCCCCGCAGCGAGUACCUCCCGGCCCGAGCCGCAAGUACCACACGCGCCACACCCCGCGGCUGAGUUCCUAGCUAGACCGGACUUCUAUUCGAUACUCCAUAUGAACUCUGAAGCAUCAUCACUUUACAACUGCAACUCCACUCUAAAGCACAUGAUAUCAAAAAUACGUCGAGACACUUCAUCCUUCGAGCGGUAUCAACACAAUAGAGAUCUUGUCGCCUUAGUCAAUAUGUUCAGCGAGUCUGAUAGAGAACUGCCGCUGGGAUGGGACACUAAACUCGAUAGAAAUGGAAAGCGUUUCUUCGUGGACCACGUGAUGCGCCGCACCACGUUCAUCGACCCGCGCCUCCCGCGCGCCCCCCAAGCGGGCCCCUUCUCGCCCCUCCUACCGCCGAGACGGCGGCUCAUACACCACGAUCAGGCGCCAACUCCACCUCCGAGGCCGCCAAUCACUUCGUCGGAUACUUACACGCAUCAAACUCAAGAAAUUCCAGUUGCUUAUAACGACAAGGUGGUAGCGUUCCUUCGGCAGCCAAACAUAAUGUCAAUACUCCGUGAAAGGUGCGGGGGCUGUAACAACUCCAUACGCGAGAAGGUGAACGCUGUGAGGGUGGAAGGCGCCUCUGCCCUGGCGAGAUUCCAGAACGACGUUCAACUGACAUGUCUGCUUAGCCUGUUCGAGCAAGAGAUCAUGAGCUACGUGCCGGCAUCUGGGUGCGGGGCGAGUGCGGCGCCCUCACCGGCCGCGUCUCCGGCCGCCGCCCGCAGCACGCGGGCCCCGGCGCCCCAAAGGAGGGACUUCGAGGCCAAAUUGAGGGCUUUCUACCGAAAGCUCGAGAGCAAAGGAUAUGGACAGGGGCCGGGGAAAUUGAAGCUGCACAUUCGCCGCGAGCACCUCCUCGAAGACGCAUUCCGACGCAUCAUGUCCUGCAGCAAGAAGGAGCUGCAGAAGGGCAAGCUGUGCGUAGUGUGGGAUGGCGAAGAGGGCCUCGACUACGGCGGUCCGAGCCGGGAGUUCUUCUUCCUGUUAUCGCGGGAACUCUUCAACCCCUACUAUGGCCUGUUUGAGUACUCCGCGAACGACACGUAUACCGUGCACGUGUCGCCGAUGUCGGCGUUCGUGGAUAACCAUCAUGAAUGGUUCAGAUUCUCCGGUCGCGUGCUAGGGCUGGCGCUAGUGCACGGCUAUUUACUAGAGGCGUGGUUCACACGAGCGCUGUACCGCGCGCUGUUGCGCCUGCCGCCCGCGCUAGAAGACGUUGACGCGUUGGACGCGCAAUUUGCCGCAUCGCUGCGGUGGUUGCAGGCGGCGCGCUGCGUGUCGUCGCUGGAGCUGACGUUCGCGGUGUCGGAGCGCGGCGCGGACGGGCGCGUGGCGGAGCGCGAGCUGAAGCCGGGCGGGCGCGACGUGCCCGUCACCGAGCGCAACAAGAAGGAGUACCUCGAGCGGCUCGUGCGCUGGCGCGUGCACCGCGGCGUCGCGCCGCAGACCGAGUGGCUCGUGCGCGGCUUCCACGAGGUGGUAGAUCCGAGGCUAGUAGCGGCGUUCGACGCUCGCGAACUUGAGCUGGUGAUAGCCGGAGCGCCCGAACUGGACGUGGCGGACUGGCGCAGCAACACCGAGUACCGCGGCGGGUAUCAUGAUGCGCAUCCCGUUAUAGUCUGGUUCUGGCAGGCUAUCGAUAGAUUUACAAAUGAGCAACGUCUGAGACUUGUACAAUUUGUUACUGGAACAUCGUCCAUACCUUACGAAGGAUUCUCAGCAUUACGAGGUUCGACCGGACCGAGACGCUUUUGCAUAGAGCGGUGGGGGAGAGUAGAGUCCCUGCCCAGAGCUCAUACCUGCUUCAACAGACUAGACUUACCACCAUAUCCAACACCACAGUUGCUUCAUGAAAAAUUACUGUUAGCUGUAGAAGAAACCAAUACUUUUGGCAUUGAAUAGACAUCAAAACAUCCGUGUUCCCAGCCUACUUUUGCUGGUAGUGUUUCAAAGUUAACAACCCAGCAGUUUUUAUGGUUGAUUGAAAAAUAAUUCUCAACUCUCUUUGUUAUGACUGUGUAAAUAACAUUUAAUUGAUAGUAUGGCCGAGACAAACAGUGAUAGUGGUGAUGUCUUUAUUAUAUAUUGUAUGUAGAUGUGCGAGGCAUUUAUCAAAACAAAUGGCCACUUAUCUGUCAAGGAUUGUACUUUAAUGCUUUAUUUGUAAGUUAACUGUAUUGUGGCUGUGAAACAGGCCCCCGAGCCAUGUUUAGUUAUUACGCUUUGUCACUAAUUUAUAAUUUUAUUAACCUUUUGAUGGCCAAUUAAAUGUAAUUUAUAUCAGCAUUAUUAAACAUUACUCGCACCAAAAUAAUAUGUACUUUAAUUAGUAUUAAGUUAUGUUAAUACAGAAAAUAAGGGUUUGUAAAAGUAUUGGCUAAAACAGAGAAGCUAUUGAAUCUAUAUCCUUAUAACCUUUCAUUACUUCCUAGUCAGCUCAUUAAAAAAAAAUUGCUUAUAAUAAAUUGGCAACAUAAAGUUUAUUAUUUCCCCCAAUAGUUAGUCUAUUUAAAUUUAAGAAAUGUAAUUAAUUGAUGUGAAAAUGUGGAUGUUGUGAUGUUUGCUAAUAUUGAUGUUCCUUGGUUAUAUAUAGAGAAUGUAUAGAUAUUCAUAAACUGCUCAAGAUUGCGCAUAUAGCAUAGAACGCUGUUAACCAUCGAUAGAAAUUUCUGAGCAUCUAAUUCCAUUGUAAAUACAUUAUUUAUUGCGCUUAUAUUACACUCAAGUGUAAGAUCGUGUUUAUUUCUGUACGUAAAUAAUAGUUCUAUUGUGUUGAAUAUUUAACUACCUUUGAGUAUUGUUUUAUUGUGUAAAAAUUCUAAGUAAUUUGUUUUUGUGUGAAAGUGAUCAAAUGUGUCAAUAUACUAUAUUAAUUACAAUAUUUGUUUCAUUUAAUCCCAUAAUCUCGAGUUAACUGUGACAUCAACAACAUUUUUAAACAGUUAAAACCAUAAAACUCUAUGGGUUCGUAUUUUAAACUUGAUUAAUACUACAUAUAGUCAUAUCCCUGAUUCUUAUUCCUUCAUAAAAGAAAUAUACAGGGGGAGGAAAAUUUAUAAAAAUUAAUAGAAUGGACUAACAGUUACUUACUAGUAAUGAAAAAAGGAAAACUUCACACAUACAAAAUGUUUAUUUUUCAAGAAGUUUGUGUAACAACAAAAAUCAACCUUGUUAUUUUACGACCUUAUCUUUAAAUUUUUAAGACUAUUUACAGAUUUAAGUUUGCAUUUGUCAACACAAAGUCAUGACACAAAAUGCAAUAAGGGUUAUUUUCACAAAUGCUUUAUUCUAAAUUGUGACGGAGUUCAUUCAAUAUAGCGUGUCACAGUCUAUGAGUUUAAAAUCUUAUUCAUACAACUUAUUAAAUGUUAAAACCAUAAGCUGAUGUGAUUACAAUAAAAAGCUACUGUUAUUUAACGUUUCAUAUGCAUAAAUGUAGCAAUCUCUUAGUAAAGAAAAAAA